AAGUUUCAAGUGGGCGGUAUUUUGGUGGCGUAAGUGUAAGAAGUGUGUUACUCGUCGUGUUUCGUAAUGUGUUGUUGUUGCAGGUUCUUGACUCAAGUGAGCGUACACACUUUUGACACACCCUUGUUGUCGCCGCUUUGGUGAUGGGGAUGUGAGUGUGUCUUUGUCUGCCUGUCUGUCUUGGAAGUCUCUAGCUAACUAGUUUCGACUGACGUUUUUGUGUUGGUGUCUGGAUCUGAGCUGACAGGUUGGACACAAAAGACGACCGUCCGUGGCUGUGGAUAUCAUAGAUGCCGUGUGGAAUAGUGGAUUAACCGGUUCAGACGACCACCAAGCCAUACAUUGUGGAUGAGUACCUGUCUGAAGACUCCGACUCGGAUGACGACUGGCUCAGUGCUCCGGAGUGGUCAUCAAGGCGAACCUCUGCAAACCAGUCGGGCGAGAGUGAUGACGACAGCGAUAAAAGCAAAGAUGGGAAAUCGAAAAAAGAUGAGCCCCCGUCUCGGCAGGUUUCUGUAGAUAGCCGCGUUGUGUCCAGUCUGGUGAGUGAGGUGGAACUUCUCCUGUCCUAUCUGGACAAGAACGACUAUGAGGGUGCUCAGAGAGCUGCCCGGAACUUGAAGGAGUGUGGAGGGGGAGGAGGAGGGGGAGUUUCUCGAGGGCAGAUUGAGGAAGAGUUAAGUCCUUUGCUGCCUGCAGCCAAAAUUUCCUCCCCAAAACGGUUGCUCGCACAAGAGCGAAAUCACAACAUGGAUAACGGCAAUGGGGAGGAGAGUCAGCCACUUUUAACCACCGACGAAACAAUGAACAGGGAUCUAGGGGCGAGUGAUGGGCCCAGCAUCGAGGAGCAGCGGCAAGCUCUGGCACAGCUGGAUGAUGAGCUCAACGCAUUUGAGGAGAUGGAGGUUCAGGUCUCACAAGGACUUCCCACGUCUCCCACGGCGACGGCACCCCCAGCCCCGCGACGUCGGUCCAGCAGCGGGAGUGGCAUCCCUCGUCUCGUGCGCUCCUCCAGCUCCUGCAGCGAGGAUUCCGACUCUGGAAUGACAGACAGGAGAAGUGGGAUGAGAAACCAUCGACGCAGCCCCUCACCUGGCAAUGCAGGGCAAACCUCUGGGAUCCCCAGAUUUGGUGGUAGUCGACCACUGGCUCGGAUGGUUCCCAAGCUGGCAGAAGCAGAUGGGAACUCCAGUCAGACCAAGUCAGGACUAAAUAAUGCAAUGAGUGACAGCAAUUACAGGGGUCGUCGCAGCCCCAGCCCUGGCAAUCGCCAACUGCAAAUGAAGGCAAACAUCAGCCCAAAGACAUCUUCCACACCUCCUGCUGCUCGUCUUGGUCAGGGGGCGGGGCUAGAUGCGGAGAUCAGCGGCCUGGAUGACAGCAAAGACCCAGAGACUGCAGCUUGGGAGGUCAACAUUUCAGACUUCACCGGCCGGGCCAAGAAGAACAAAAAGCGUUCAGGGAUUCCAUCGGUAUGGACAAAGUCAGUGGGUAAGGAAGUCUCAUCUGUUCAGUCAAGAGGAGACAUCUCUCCAUCCUCUUCCUCCUCCCAGCUGUCGAUGGUUCAAGCAUCUCAGACAUUCACCGUCCUGUCAGCCUCCCAGUCAGAGAGCAUUGAGGCUAUUGGGGAGUGUAGGGACCCAACACUGCGUAAGGUCCUUGAUCUGAGAAGAUGGCACUGCAUGAGUCGACCCCAGUACAAGACUUCAUGCGGCAUCUCCUCGGUGGUCUCCUGUUGGAACUUCCUCUUCUCAACGAUGGGCCAAGGGAGUUUGAAACCUCUGACCCAAGAAGUGGCCAUGAAGAUCCUGGGAUUUCACUCUCCAUUUGAGGAGAUAAAGUUUGGUCCUUUCACUGGCAACUUGACGCUGAUGAGAUGGUUCCGACGACUCAACUCUCACUUUGGCGUGACCGGCCGCUGUUACUACAUGUUCAAGCCGCGCGGCCGAAACAAGACAGUCGGAGUGACUAGUGAGAUGGCACUGGAGAAGCUGAAGGAGGGCCUGAAGGACCCCAACACAACCUUCGUCUACCACUGCCACAACCACUACUUCUGCCCCAUAGGCUACGAGGAAACACCCGUUUUCUGUGUGGACGCCUACAGUGGCUUCCUCAACCCUGAGGCGAUCGAGUCCUGGAUCCUCAUUGGAGAAACAAGCAGGAAAUAUCCGGCCAUACACUGUAAACUCUGGGACGAAAUUUCCACUGACUUGCACUGUGAGAGCCCAAACUUCAUCAACAUCCGCCAGUCAUGGAAAGGUGUCAUGCAGCGGAACACCAGCAAGAAGCCGGGUGGGAACCUGCACUGUAUCAUGACGUUCCAGCGAUCUACAGGGAUCAGCACGUCUCCCUCGCAGAAUAAAUCUAGCAUCCCGAGGUCAUCCCGACUGCCCGUCCGUCCUGGCUCUUCAUCCUCGCUAGAUGGGGGAUCUCUUUCACCAGUGGAUGGGGAAGGCGGUCGUCCAGCGUGGAGAGAUUUGGACUCAUUUUAUGAGGAGGAGCAAGGGGAUUACGUGGAGACGUUGGAUUCUGAAGUUAGUGAUGAUGAGGUGUCGAUGUGGGGGACUUGGAAUAGCGGAGUGGGGAUAAGGGGACGGGGUGUGGAUAGAAGAAGAGAGACAAAGGGGCAGUCUGCAGAUAGAAGCAAAGGGGUCAAGGAAGUGUGUGAGGAUUGCAAUGAGGAGAUACAGGAGCCAGCUGUGGAAAGUAAGAGAAAGAUGUUUGGGCAGUCUGUGGAUAGCAGGGGUAAGAUAGUGGGACAAACGGUGGAUAGCAGAGGGAAAACAUCAGGACAAGCUGUGGAUAGCAGAAGGAAGCUCUGGGGACAAACUGCGGAUAGCAAAGGGAAGACAGUGGAACCUGCUCUUAAUAAGAAAAUCACAGAUAGCAAAGGGAGAACGUGGGGUCAGACUUUGCUGAGCAAGGGGAGAACACUGGGACAAGCGAUGGUUAACAAGGGGAAGGAACUGGAGCAAGCUGUACAGAGCAAAGGGAAACUAAUUGGACAGGCCACAGAGAGGAAGGCCAAGGUCUGGGGCAGGUAUCGAGAGAGUAAAGUGGAAGCCAAGGAACAGACCGCGAAUAGCAAAGUGGGGACAAAGGGACAGACUGUGAAUAGCAAAGGGGGGAUAAAGGGACAGUCUGGGAAUGCCAAGCUCCCAAGAGGGGAAGAGUCCAUUCCCAAAAAUAUACCCAGCAAAGAGAAUUUAAAGGAGACAGAUAUGGACAAUGGUGCGAACAGCAAGGAAGAGACAAUUGAACAGGAAGCAGAUGGUAAUACAAAGGGCAAAGAGGAAAAAAAAGAAUUGGCUGUGGAUAUCCAAAAAGAUGAAAGAGCGGAGAUUGUGAACAGUCGUGUGAAGAUAUGGAUACAGGAUGUGGAUAGCCAAGUAGAAAUAGAAGAGCCGACUGUGGAUAGUCAAGUCGAGGUCAAGUUUGAAGAGCCAAACAGCCGGAUAGAAACAGGAGAACAGAUUGUGAGCCAGGAGGUUGAGAUAAGAGAACCAGCUGUGGAAUACCAGAUAGAGAUUGAAAAAUCACCUGUGAAUAGCCAUAUAGAAGUUACAGAACUGGCUUUGAUUAAUAAAGUAGAAGUGGCAGAACCAAUUUUGACUCCAGAAAUAAAGAUAAGAGAGUCCGUCAUGUGUAGCCAAGAAGAGAAAAGGGAACCGGCAGUGAACAGCCAAAUACCCAUAAGAAUUCUGGCUGUGGAUAGCCAUGAAGAAAGAAAAGAACCAACCGUUUAUCGCCAGGUUGAAGUGAAGCAGCCAUCUGUGUAUAGCCAAAUAGAAGUGAGAGAAGAAGUGAGAGAACCAACCGUGACCCAAGAAGUGAAGAUUAGAGAGCCAGCUCUGUGUAGUCCGACAGAGAUAAGAGAACAGGCAGUGAAGAGCCAAAUACCAAUAAGGAUACCAACUUUGGAUAGUCAAGCACAGAUAGGAGAAUCAGUUAUAAGCAGUCCAUUGGAGAUAGCAGAACAUACUGCGGAUAGCCCCAUGGCUGCCAAAAACCACCUGACUGGAAAUAGCCACAUAGAGAUAAGAGAGAACAUUUCUGACGGAGAAGUGGCUGUGGAUAGCCACGUUGAGAUAAAAGAAGAUGCUGAUGAGGGUACAAGUCCUGACAAAUCUGUGCGUAAACAUAUAGAGUUCUGGGAACAGAUGGAAGGGAAGAAAAGUGCACCUAGCAGUAGUGCGGAUCUCCAGAGAGGAAUAAGUGAUAGGACUGAUGUGGAGAUGGCUGAGGAGGGGAAGGGAAUUGACAUAGAUAAAAGUAAUGUUGAAGAUGUUGGUGAGGAGAGGGGAGUGGGUCAUUUGGUAGGUGACAUAGAGGAUGAGGAUUGUGACUCGGAUGGAACGGCAAACGGAGAGGAAAGUGAAAGUUUUGUUAGCGAAAGGGAGGUCACGGGUGAUCUGAGUGCAGUGGUUGGUCCGGAUGAUGAUCUUGAUGUUGUAAAGGGUGUUGAUGAUGUGGCAGAUGAAAAAAAAGAUUCUGAAGAUGAAGGUUGUGAUGCAGUGGUGGUCAGGGGCGAGAUUGAUGAAAAUGUAGGGCGAUUUGAAAAUUACAGUAAUGAGGAUACGGUUUCUGUUGAAGUGGGAAAGGCACACAAUAUGGGUUUUACUGUGGGUGAAGAUGGGAAUGUCCUGACAGAAGAAGGAGAGAAAAGUGAUGUUCCUGUUUGUGACGAAGGUGUCUAUGGGGAUGUUGGAGAAGCCACAAGUGACAGGUUGGGGGCAACAGAGACGGCAGGGGAGACAAUCGAAAUGUGGUAAUACUAGAGGGAUGAGAUGAUUUGAAAGCGGUGCCAUUCUCUCAGUAGUGUGACCUUGUCUAAAUCUUCAUGCAUCUACGAAGAUGUGUGUCAACUUCAUAUGGUUUUCUGAUAGACAGUUACAAAGAAAAAGCCUUUCUGUGUGUUCGUUUCUUGACCUAUUUUUAUAUGUGCGGCGUCGCUGAUCGAGUGGUUAGGCUGUUGGGCUUGCGUCCGAAAGAUCACGGGUUCAAAGUCUGUCAGUGGCCCGUUGUUGUGUCUGUGGGGAAAGGAACUUUUCAGGAAUUUUCCUCACUUUACCCAGGUGGGAAUGGGUACGGGGCUAUAGACGGCAAAAGAUCUAGUCAGUUUUUUAGGGUUUGAGUGAUUAACCAGCUGCUUGCGCUGUAUGCUUCCUUGGAAGCCAAGAA